GGCGGGGCUUGUGCCGGUCGCUGGCAGGGGGCGGGGCCUAGGGCUCCGAAAGGUGGGCUUUUGGACGGCAGCGGGGAGAGCAGCAUCCUCGUCUCCGAGGCGUCUCCGACGCGUCUCCGACACUCCUCGGCUUCCACCAUAGAGCAACCCCCCCGCCCGGCCGGUCCCUCGGUCGCCAUGGAGUCCACGCUGGGCGCGGGCAUCGCAAUGGCCGAGGCGCUGCAGAACCAGCUGCCUUGGCUGGAAAACGUGUGGCUCUGGGUCACCUUUCUGGGCGAUCCCAAGAGCCUCUUUCUGUUCUACUUCCCCGCGGCCUACUACGCCUCCCGCCGCGUGGGCAUCGCAGUGCUCUGGAUCAGCCUCAUCACCGAGUGGCUCAACCUCGUCUUCAAGUGGCUUCUGUUUGGAGACAGGCCCUUUUGGUGGGUCCAUGAGUCUGGCUACUACAGCCAGGCCCCAGCCCAGGUCCACCAGUUCCCUGCUUCUUGUGAAACUGGUCCAGGCAGCCCUUCUGGACAUUGCAUGAUCACAGGAGCAGCGCUCUGGCCCAUAAUGACGGCCAUCUCUUCCCAGGUGGCCACUCGGGCCCACAGCCGCUGGGUGAGGGUGAUACCUAGUCUGGCUUACUGCACCUUCCUACUGGCGGUCGGCCUGUCCCGGGUCUUCCUCUUAGCACAUUUCCCCCACCAGGUGCUGGCUGGCCUAAUAACUGGUGCUGCGCUGGGCUGGCUGAUGGCCCCCCGGGUACCCAUGGAGCGGGAGCUAAGCUUCUAUGGAUUGACCUCGCUGGCCCUCUUGCUGGGUGCCAGCCUCAUCUAUUGGACCCUUUUUACACUGGGCCUGGAUCUUUCUUGGACAGAGACUCCACUCCCUCCCACCCCAGCCUCCUGUUUCCUAAAUUGGCCAGUCCAGGGGCUGGAGAAAAGAAGAAGAGCCGUUUUUUUGGCCAGGGUGGGGAAUGGGAACCUCUACUCCAUUUGGAAGCCCAGAGAAGAGAGACAUCAGCCCCAGAAGGCACUGCCAGAAACAAGUUUAUUUACAUAAGGACACACAGUUUAACAGAUUACAAAAUACUUAACUGAAAUCCAUAUCCAGGGAGACAAAGCAAGGAGUGGGUUUACAUGAGAACCAGACCAGCCAUGGGAGAGAGAGAAGGGCCUGGAGCUGGGGCUCGGCAUGGAGAGGCCUGGUACACUGGGCCUAGCCCCAUCCACAUCCCCCAGGAGGAUCUAGAAUACACUAACAACACACAGGACACAAGCACGCAACGAACCAGUGGUGGUGGGGCUCCUGCCCCUCCCCUGGCUCCCUCAACCCUACUCAGGCCCCCGUUAGGAUAAUAUGUAAACAGACGGGGCGGGGGGGGCCCUCGGGAUGGGGCAGAAAAGAAGUGUAUGUGGUGUUGACAGGAGGACCGAGGAAGACGCAGCCCCCUAGGAGCCACUUCCCAUCUUUGGUUUCCUACAGGCUAGACGGCAUUCCCUAGGCCUUGCGGGCCCCCAGCCCCUCCUGGUCUUAGCUCCCUUGGGCUAGUGGCCAGGAGAGGCAGCCCAGGAGGAAGGGAAGCUACGGGUGAGGGCAGACUCCUGGGUUCUGGCCCUGCCCCCUUCUAGAAACCCCACUCUCACCAUCCCCAGGCUUCAACGUAAAAGGCCCCAGAAGGGAGGUGGGCCAGUGACCACUGGAUAGCUGGGGAAAUCUGGUCCUGAACAGCAAGGGGGCUCUCACCAGCCUGGAGGCUCCACCACCCCCGGCCCUUGCAGGGACCACCUCCCCGUCCCCAGGCUGUGCCAGCAGAGGGGCAGGGAAGCCCACAGAGUAAGGCUGAGAGCAAGCCUGGUUCUAAGACUCCUCCUGGUCCCUCCGAACCCAGGAGUCCAGCCCCAUCCCUCCCCACACACUUUGACCCUCUCCAACCCCUGGGAAGGGCAAAGAGGUCCUGAGGAGUAUGAGGCCAGACAGCCCUGCCCACAGACCACAGGCCCACAUCCUAGGGCACAAGUCUUCCCCCGGUGCUGAGGCCAGGAGAAAGGAGGAGGAGAAGGGGUCUAUGCAGAGAUGGUGAGGACAAC